AUUUUUCAGUGAGGCUGAAGUUGAUUGUCUGCAUUAGGCGAGAUUAAAUGAUGCGUAUAGACACUAGUGUUAUUCACGAUUUGGUAUAAACAUGGCACUUCAGAAUCAACAAUUAAUUUGUUGCAAACUAAAACAAUCUACCAUUGAGCAAAAUUUAUUUGAUCUCAAUUGUAUUUCUCUGCCUGGCUAAUCCACUAUCAAGAAAAAUGUAGUCUGUAACUCUAAGGAAUUAAACUCCCACACAUGCAUGUAUGGUCAUAUAAAUGACGGCAAAAAAUUGAGUCUAUCAACUACGCCUACAUUAUUUUUUUCAAUUUGACUUAGAGUUACGCUGACUUUAAAUAAUAUUACGACAGAUGUACAUAAUCUUUUUGAAUAUAAAGCAACUUGUAUUGCCAUGUUUUUGUAUACUUGAAGAUAUUGGUGUGUUUUACCGAAAUAUACUUCACACUUUUUUCAAUUGAAUAUAUACAUAAAAAUGCAAACGGAUGACAAUACUGAUAAGCUACUUUUGGUUAUUAUUGCCCUCUUUCUCCCACCUGUAGCUGUAUACAUGGCAAAGGGAGCUCAUGGACAAUUUUGGUUAAACCUCGUAUUGUGCUUAUUGUUUAUUUUCUGGUUUAUUGCCAUGAUUCAUGCAAUUGUGGUAGUUUUACUGGAAGAUAACCCUGUAAAUUUGAAUUCGACUGCAACUUAUGUACCCCCAGAACAGCAGCCACAAAAACAAGAUGAAGCUCAGGUAGCAAAUGAUUCUGUACCUCCAUACCACGAUUCAUAUCAAAAACAAGAACAACAACCACAAGUUUAUCAGGCCCCUACAACUCAAGCAGCUCCAUAGCGUGCAAGAAUAGAGGUACCGUCA